AUGGAAAAUCUACGCCACAUGCCCGAUGAUUUGUCUCGAUAUAUGGCCUUACUUGCCCUACAAGAUCGCAACGAAACAUUGUUCUAUCGUACAGUGAUGCAACAUACUGAAGAGACCAUGCCAUUGGUCUACACACCAACUGUCGGAUUGGCUUGUCAGAAAUAUGGUUUAAUCUUUGCUAAACCAAAAGGUCUAUUUAUUUCGAUUCAUGACAAAGGUCACAUUUACGAUGUUCUUCAAAAUUGGCCUGAAAAUGAUGUUCGAGCGAUUGUAGUGACCGAUGGCGAACGUAUAUUAGGUUUAGGUGAUUUGGGUUGCAAUGGCAUGGGUAUUCCUGUAGGAAAAUUAAGUUUGUAUACAGCAUUGGCUGGCGUGGCACCUGAAUACUGUUUGCCGUUGCUACUUGAUGUGGGAACAAAUAAUGAAAUGCUUCUCAAAGACAAAUAUUAUUUGGGUUUGCGACAAAAACGUGUCACUGGCAAAGAAUACGAUGAGUUUAUCGAAGAAUUCAUGCAAGCCGUUACUAAACGAUUUGGACAUCAAUGUCUGAUUCAGUUCGAAGAUUUUGCGAAUCACAACGCAUUUCGCCUUUUGGAAAAAUAUCGAGAUCAACAUUGCACAUUCAAUGAUGAUAUUCAAGGUACAGCUAGUGUCGCUGUCGCUGGCAUUCUCAGUUCAAUUCGAAUUACUCAAAAAAAAUUGUCGGACAAUACAUUUCUCUUCUAUGGGGCCGGCGAGGCGUCUAUCGGCAUUGCAGACUUGCUCGUGGUCGCCAUGGUACGCGAAGGAUUGAGCGUUGAAGAUGCUCGAAAGACAAUCUUCUUAGUUGAUUCAAAGGGACUUGUAGUCAAGAAUCGUCCGACGGGAGGUUUGAACGAAGAAAAGAAGCGCUAUACACACGAUCGAGAACCAAUCACUAGACUAGCAGACAUUGUUGAUGCUAUCAAGCCAACAUUUCUUAUCGGUAUUCGAUCAGUUUAA